UUGCUCUUGGAACAAAUAAAAUUAGCUCGGUAGGAACUAGGGACAUCAAGCCAGGCAAGCGUCUGGUUCAUAAAAAAACUUCGAACCGCCGGACGCCACCUAGUACUUCCCUAGAACAUGAGCCUCAUCAGCGCAUAGACUCAUAGACUACGUACAGAGUACGGAUCUGGCAACCCAAUCCACUGGUCAGCUUAUUUAUUCACUGAUUUGAUAAGGGCGUAAGGCCGUCGUCGUCCCCAACCACGGCGGCAGGUGUGAUCGCCGCCGCCAACUCUCCGUCCCAGCUCCGGCAACACAGAAAUCAACGAGAUAAAAUUGGAAUAAAGAAAUCAGAAAGACAAAAAGAAAAGAAAAGAAAAGGGAGAGCUAUUCAACGCUUGGAGGCGUGGACCACGACCGGUCAAACCACUCGCCACCGCCCUUUUCUCCAACACCUCAUAUCCGUUCCGCUCCCCGUUCCGUUCCACAGUUCACUCCUUGCCCGUUCCCGUUGACCCGUCUUCCAUUGCCAUCCAUAUCCAAUCCAUCAUGUGUCCGCUCCUGCUGCUGCUACUCGCUUUCUUCCUCCGAGCGGCGACGGCGGCGGCCGGCCCGGCACAGGCGUCAAGCUGCUUGCACAAGGCCUGCGGGGACCUGAACAUCUCCUACCCGUUCUGGCUGGAGGAGCCCCGACGGCCGCCGUGCGGACCGCCGUCCUUCCAGCUCAAGUGCAACAGUAGCGGCGCGUUCCUGAGCCACUCAGUCCACCAGUCCUAUCGGGUACUUAGCAUCUUCGUGGAGAACAACUCCUUCCACGUGGUGGACGACAACCUGCCGCUAGCCACCGGCUGCCCGGCGCCGUGGUUCAACAUCUCGCUCGGCAUCGGGCUAGCGCCGUUCCUCAUCAGCAAAGCCAACACCGAGCUGCUCUUCCUCGCGAACUGUACGGACCCGCUACCGGUGGUCCCGCCUGGGUUUCGGCCCCUGCCUUGCGACAACCACUCCUUCGUCUGGUUCCGCGGCAAGGGGGAGUUCGUCCAGGGGGUCAUCCCGCCGGUGUGUACCUUCUCAGUUGUGCCGAUUCUCGCGGAUGGGAGUGGGGACGACUUCGUCGCCAGCAUGAAGCAAGGGUUUCUCCUGGAGUGGACGGUGGUGUCAGGGGAUUGCCCCGAAUGCGUAGCAAGCGGCGGGGAUUGCAUGUACGAUGCCAACGGCCUGGGGUUCUCCUGCAACUGCUCCGACGGCGUGCGCCGUGAGAAGUGCGGCAAAAAGAGCCACACACUGAUGAUUGGAAUAGUAUGUGGAGCAGGGGCUGGUGUUAUAUUGGUAGUAUGCUUCAUCUUUUUUGUCUGGCACAAGCGUAAGAGGAGGAAAGAAGCUAGAGCUUCAAAUGACCUCAUGCGCAGUGGAUCUUCAAUGCAAUCAUACAGCAAAGACCUUGAGUUGGUUGGCUCUCCCCAUAUCUUUACUUAUGAGGAACUUGAAGAAGCUACUGAUGGAUUUAGUGCCUCGAGGGAACUUGGCGAUGGUGGUUUCGGAACUGUUUACAAAGGAAAACUCCGGGACGGGAGAGUAGUUGCAGUGAAGCGCCUUUACAAGAAUAACUACAAACGGGUUGAGCAAUUCCUAAAUGAGGUAGACAUCUUGUCCCGCCUACUCCACCAGAACCUUGUCAUCCUAUAUGGCUGCACAUCUCGGAGCAGCCGUGACCUUCUCCUGGUAUAUGAGUUCAUCCCUAAUGGGACAGUUGCCGACCAUCUUCAUGGACCCCGUGCAACAGAACGAGGUCUUACGUGGUCUGUAAGGAUGAACAUUGCCAUAGAAACAGCUGAAGCACUGGCAUACCUCCAUGCAGUUGAAAUCAUACACCGUGAUGUUAAGACCAACAACAUAUUGCUGGACAACAGCUUCCAUGUCAAAGUUGCAGACUUUGGGUUGUCGCGGUUGUUCCCUCUUGAAGUGACCCAUGUCUCAACUGUUCCACAGGGCACACCUGGGUAUGUUGACCCUGUAUACCACCAGUGCUACAAGCUAACUGAUAAGAGUGACGUGUACAGCUUCGGUGUUGUGUUGGUAGAGCUAAUAUCCUCUAAACCAGCUGUUGAUAUGAGCAGGAGCCACAGUGAGAUCAACUUGGCCAACAUGGCUCUCAACAGAAUUCAGAACCAUGAAGUUGAGCAGUUGGUUGACCCUGAGCUCGGCUAUGAGAUUGACAGCGAAACAAAGAGAAUGAUAGAUCUCGUCGCUGAGCUGGCUUUUCAGUGCUUGCAGUUAGAAAGGGAUUUGAGGCCAUCUAUUAAGGAGGUAGUGGACAUCUUGAGUUGUAUCAGGAAUGGGGAGUGUCCGGCAAAAAGGAUGGAUAGGAACUCAUCUCCAAAGGAAGAUGCACACUUGCUGAAGAAUAGCCUACGUUAUUCGCCUGACUCGGUCAUCCACAGAUUCCACAGUCAAUCAACGAACCACUCGGUAGCAUCAAAUGCUAGCGGAUAAGAUACCUUGUACUGAUCCUGAAGAAAUAAAGCCCUAUCCGAUGAGUUGUUGCAUACUAUAGAGAAAUAAAGCCCUAGCGGAUGACUAAUAGUAAUGAAGUGUAAGCUCAUGCUGUACGCAGCACUCUGGGUUUGGCAGAAAUUCAAAGAGUAAGGCAAGUAGUCGAAGCAGUAUCGGGUUAAACAGAGUAAUUCAGUAUUUUUCAUGUCGACAACAGAAGGGUGACUGCGAUGAUGAACUGGACAACAUGCAACAAAGAAAUCAAGCUGUACCAUAUAAUACGUACUCUAAUUGGCUGACGAACUUUCAUUUGAUCCACCAUGUUAAAUUUGUCUUGGCCCAGUGCUUUGUGGUCUGAUUUAUAUGUUCAUUGGCUCUUAUCUACACUCAAGUUCUGACAGUGGACAUAGAUUGCUGAACGUGUAUGCUUCAUGUAGGCCUACUGAGUAUCAAUCAGCAAGAGCACUUCCAAUUUUUACCUA